CUUACUAAAACCCAAAAGUAUCUUACUUCACAGUUUCAGACAAAAAAAAAAACAUAAAGGCCGACUCUUCUUUACCUCAAUUCAGAAUCUCAGAUCCAGAACCUUCUCUGUGUCCAAAAUCUUUGAAUCGAAAAAUGACGUGGCCGUCCGGUUCCUCCCGUACGGUUCUGACCUUGCGGCUUCUGUUGCUGUUGUACUUUGCGUGCAGUGAGUACGUGACGGUACAGGCGUCGGUGCACGAAUAUUCCGGCGACAGAUUCGUCGCCAAAGGUGGCGCCUUCGUCGUCCACGGCGGAAGCGAGGGAAUUUACUCUUCUGCCCCUUCUCACCGCAAUUCCACCUCCCUCACCGACAAUGGCGACUCGUACAUUCGUUUUGAGAAGGUUAAAUUCCGGAGAGGCAAGGAAUUGGCUAACUUCAGCUCGGGGUUGCUGCACGCCAUUGUUUUUGAGGUGGAAGAUAGAGAGACGAUUGGGGGUUCAGCCUAUGGGGGUCAAAGAGCUGUUUGUUGCACAGCAGAUCUUGCAAAACUAGGUGUCUGUUCAGAAGGAGAAAUCAUUCACCGCCCCUCUACUGAGAACCCUGGUUGGCCCAAAGUGUUUGGGGUCUCAUUUGAUUUAGAUGAAGAAGUUGCAACGUUGCCAUCGAAAUCCAUAGAGAUAACUAAAACUGGAAUGUAUAACGUGUAUUUCAUUCAUUGUGAUCCAAAGCUUAAAGAUUUGACUGUGGAGGGAAAAUCAAUAUGGAAAAAUCCUGCUGGUUACUUACCUGGUAGAAUGGCACCACUUAUGAAUUUCUAUGGAUUCAUGUCCUUUGCUUUCGUGAUACUUGGGAUCUUUUGGUUCUCUCAGUAUGCAAGAUUUUGGAAAGAAGUUCUUCCAUUGCAGAACUGCAUAACAAUAGUGAUAGCACUGGGCAUGUUUGAGAUGACUCUUUGGUAUUUUGAAUAUGCUGAAUUCAAUGAGACUGGAAUCAGACCAACUGGGAUAACCAUGUGGGCUGUCACCUUUGGCGCUGUUAAACGUACGGUAGCUCGUUUGAUAAUGUUAAUGGUUUCGAUGGGCUUUGGUGUUGUGAGACCUACCCUUGGUGGGCUUACUUCAAAGGUGAUCAUGCUUGGAGCCACCUUCUUUGUGGCAUCUGAAGUUCUUGAGUUGGUAGAAAAUGUCGGUGCAAUAAGCGAUCUUUCAGGAAAGGCAAGACUCUUUUUGGUUCUUCCUGUAGCAGUCUUGGAUGCUUUCUUCAUUCUUUGGAUAUUUACUUCCCUCUCUGCAACUUUAAGUAAGCUUCAGGCUAGACGGAUGGUUGUUAAACUGGAUAUUUACAGGAAGUUUACAAAUGCUUUGGCCGUAGCUGUUAUCGUGUCUGUGGGUUGGAUAUGCUAUGAGCUUUAUUUCAAAUCAAUUGAUGUUUACAACGAGAAGUGGCAGAAUGCAUGGAUCAUCCCUGCAUUCUGGCAAAUCCUGUCUUUCUCUCUUCUUUGUGUCAUAUGUUCUCUCUGGGCGCCUUCUCAGAACUCAACCCGAUACACUUACUCUGACGAUGGAAGCGAAGAGUUUGACAGAGACGAUACAACGCUGACUCUCAUAAAACCAGCCCCAUUGCCUUCCAAUGACUUCCGAAGUGCGCCUGAAGCUAGAUCAGUGCAAGACAGCAAUGGAUUAUUGAAUGACGAUUUGGAAGAAGACAAGACCGAGUAAAUUUUAAACCCCUCUGCUAGUUUAUUAUUAUCAUCAUUUACAAUCCUCAGCUGCUCCCCUGAAUCCAACGCUAGCAAGUAUACAGGAGUAGAGAUCAUGAUACGAAAAUUCCAUGUUGCGAUUGUCACAUGACUUUUGUAUUUAAAUUAUCCCUAGUUAGUUUUUUUUUUUUUUUUUUUUUUUUUUUGUAUUUGUUAAAUUGGUUAUUGUAUUGCUUAUUUAUUGCUGUAAACGAAGGAAGAGUCAAUGGAGAUUAGUGGUAUGAUUAAAUAAAAUUAAUAGGUUUAUUUGUU